CGACACUUGUCUCAAGAUCAGUCUCCACAUCAUCCAUCCUUCAAGAGCAUUUUCAUCACUUAUCAGCGUCAGCAUGAGAGCUCUUGUACUGCUGUACCUGCUCCAUGCAGUUUUUGGUCAGGUUACCAAAUAUUCCUGGUACGGACCUGUCCAGGAGGUACGUGCUCCGGACCCCGCUCUAAGCUCAGCAGCGUGCCUUGCUGACCAGACGUCGUGUGGCUGCUGUCUAAUGAAGAAAAACAUUAACUACAUGGAGAUGUACUUUAACCAGAGCAUUGUAGAAAUGAAAAACCAGCUGAUGACAGCCCAGACAGCCCUCAACGAUAUGAGAGCCAGUCGGAGUGCCUUCUCCGUUGCUCUUAACAAUCAGGUUUUUUUGACCUGCAUUGGACCUGUUAAUAGUGACACUGUUAUCAUCUAUAAACACGUCUUCCUUAACUUGGGAAACGGCUACAAUGUGCAAACUGGCGUCUUCACUGCUCCCCGCUCUGGCGUCUACAGCCUCGCUGUCACCAUCUACGGCAAUAAAGCCAACCUGGCUUCCUGCGCCAGUCUGCAGGUUAACGGCAUCGCGGUGGCCAGACUAAACGACCAAAUUGGUCAGGACCCCGAAGACAGCAACAGCGCCGUUGCGGCCGUGAAGCUGAAUGCCGGGGACAAGGUGACGAUGAACCUGCUGAAAAACUGCCUCAUCUGCGACGACUUCAACCACUUUAACACUUUCACUGGCUUCCUUUUGUAUGCUACUAAUUAAGUCAGCAAACUGAGGCUCUGUGCUUUGUUUAAAACUGCCAGAUGAAACAUUUCUGUGAUGACAGUCAUGCUCUAUUGCUAAUGCUCUCUAAGAUAUUCUCUGUAUUCCAAAAUUUUUAAUCAAUCUUAGCUGGAUUCAACUCACGAGUUGAGUAAAAUAAAAAUAAAAAAUAAUAAAUUAUGUCUCUUUUUUUUCUGUUCUGUCUUGGUUGUGACAGUGCUUGAACUUUAGCUUCUUAAAUGAUGUGAUAUCAAUUGUCUGUCAAAUCUCUCAACCACAAAAUAAACCAGACUUUUAAACAA